CCCCCUGAACACCCCAUUUCCCCCGGGGCCACUCGCCCCCCACCUCCCACGCCCCAAACUUCGUUCCCAAGGAGGAUGCUGCGCGGCGGGGCCCCCCUGGCCGCGCUGCUGCUGGCGGCGCUCAGCCUGGCCCGCGGGGAGCCCCCGCCGGUCUCGGGGUGCGGGAUGGAGGCUCCGAGCCGCCGCGCCGCCCCCCCGCACCACCCCUACGGGCUGUACCCGCAGGGUCCCGCCGCGCACGGGGCGCUCGCAGCUGCAUCCCCGCGGGGCCGGAGACCGCGGGGAGCCAGGGGAGGAGGAGAAGAGCCGGGGGGCGAGGCGGACGGCCGGGGCCGGGGCCGGAGCCGGGGGGAGAGGCGGCGGGGCCGGGAGCCGCAGGUGCCGGACCCUCCCCGGGAGCGGCCGCUGCCCGCCCUGUACUUCUCGGGCGGCCGGGAGCAGCUGGCGGCGCGGGCGGAGGCGCUGCCCGCAGUCCCGCGGGAGGAGUUCACCCUGGAGCUGUGGGUGAAGGCGGAGGGCGGACAGAACAACCCGGCCAUCAUCGCAGGUGUCUUCGACAACUGCUCGCACUCAGCCAGCGACAAGGGCUGGGCGCUGGGCAUCCGCGCCCUGCAGCUCAGCGGCAAGAAGGACGCCCGCUUCUUCUUCUCCCUGCGCACGGACCGGGCAGCCACUGCCACUGAGGUGACCUCCCACCACCGCUACCGCCCUGAGGCAUGGACACACCUGGCCGCCAGCUAUGACGGGCGGUGGAUGGCCCUCUACGUGGAUGGGGUGCGGGUCGGCCGUGCCGGCGGGCAGGAGGGACCCCUGCACAGUGCCUUCAUGUCCUCCUGCCGCACGCUGCUGCUGGGGGGGGACGCCUGGGGCACCACCCACACUUUCCGGGGACACCUGGCUGGGCUGGCCCUGUGGCGUGGUGCCUUGUCCCAGUCCCGCCUCCAGCGUUCCUUUCUAGAGGAGGUGGCUGAGGAGACGGCAGGGCUGGCUCUGGCCGCUGGCUUUGCCACCCCGGAGGAAUGCUGGGUGCCUUUUCGGGAGGGUGCCUUCCCGCAGCAGUGGGUGCUGCUGUCCCCGCCAUCCCCCAUCCUGCGGCCGCUGGGCCCCCCUGCCUGUGGGCAGACCGCCUGCGAUAACGUGGAGCUGGUGUCCCACUACAACCAGCACUGGCCGCUGCGCAGCUGGAAGGCGGUGCGGUACCGCGUGGUGAACCUGGCGGAGGAUGACGGCGGGCGGCCCACGGUCAGCUGGGAGCAGAUCUGGCGGCAACACCGGGCUCUGAGCGAAGCUUUCCGGCCCUACAACAUCUCCUGGCAGCUCAGCCUGCUGGACGUACACAACUCCUCUCUGCGCCGCCGUGCCGUCCUCCUGGGCUGCGAGCCCAGCAAGGUGGGCAACGAGCGCUGUGACCCCGAGUGCGAGCAUCCCCUCACGGGCUACGACGGCGGCGACUGCCGAAGGCCCGGCCGCUGCUUCUCCUGGAAGCGCCGCGACGGCGUCUGCCACGUGGAGUGCAACAACAUGCUGGACGACUUCGACGACGGCGACUGCUGUGACCCGCGGGCCACCGACGUGACGAGGACCUGCUUCGACCCCGACUCGCCCCAGCGGGCGUACAUGAGCGUGAAGGAGCUGAAGGAGGCUCUGCAGCUGAACAGCACCCAUUUCCUCAAUGUUUACUUCGCCAGUUCGGUGAGGGAAGAGCUGGCUGGUGCUGCCACUUGGCCGUGGGAUAAAGAGGCCCUUAGUCACCUGGGCGGAGUUGUCCUCAACCCUGCUUACUACGGUAUGCCCGGCCACACCAACACCAUGAUCCACGAGGUGGGACACGUCCUGGGGCUGUACCACGUCUUUAAGGGAGUGAGCGAGCGGGAAUCUUGUGACGAUCCCUGCAGGGAGACCACUCCAUCUAUGGAGACCGGAGACCUCUGUGCCGACACUGCCCCCGCCCCAAAGAGUAAACUCUGCCGGGAUCCCGACCCCACCAAUGACACCUGUGGCCAGACACAUUUCACGGGGACGCCCUUCAACAACUACAUGAGCUACACAGACGAUGACUGCACCAACAGCUUCACCCCCAACCAGGUGGCCCGGAUGCAUUGCUACCUGGACCUGGUCUACCAGCGCUGGGGCCACAGCAAGAAGCCGGCGCCCAUCCCGAUGCCUCCCAUGGUCACGGGGCAGACACAGGACUCCCUCAGCAUCUACUGGCUGCCUCCCAUCAGCGGUGUCCUCCACGAGAGGGAGCAGGACACGCUCUGUGACAGCUGUGCCGAGGACGGCACCUUCCGCCAGUACGUGCAUGAGGCCUCUUCCCCGCGGGUCUGCGACUCCUCUGGCUACUGGACCCCAGAAGAAGCAGAAGGUCCUCCUGACGUGGAUCAGCCCUGUGAGCCCAGUCUGCAGGCCUGGAGCCCGGAGUUGCACCUGUACGACAUGAACAUGACGGUGCCGUGCCCCCAGCCGGACGGCUGCAUCCUGGAGCUGCGCUUCCUGCACCCCGUCUACCCCGACUCUCUCACCCUCUGGACCACGUACCUCUCCACGGGCUCCCCCAAGGCGCUGUCUGACAUUGAAAUCCUGACAGAGCAGGGGGAGUCCAUCCACCUGGGCCCCCUGGACACCUUCUGUGACGUCCCCUUUACUGUGAAGCUCAAUAUCCCUAAGAAGAUGUCUGGGGUUAAGAUCUACACCUUUGACGAGAGGAUGGAGAUAGACACGGCCCUGCUGAGCUCCAUGCCCCGCAGCUCCCUGUGCUCGGCCUGCCGGCUGAUCCAGUACCGGCUGCUCCGUGAGCCCCCGUUUGCAGACGGGUCCCCUGCCACCCCCCUGCAGGCACAGCGCCAGUUUGUCGACACGGAAGUCGUGCCUGGGCAGGUGUACCGCUACCAGGUGCAGGUGGUCUCUGGGACAACCUCGGGAGAAGCCUCCCCGCCGCUCGUCCACGUGCAUGGAACGCCCUACUGUGGGGACGGCAAGGUGACCACGAGCCUGGAGGAGGAAUGUGACGAUGGGGACUUGCUGGAUGGAGAUGGGUGUUCCAGGAAGUGUAAAAAGGAAAAAGGCUUCAACUGUGUUGGGGAGCCAAGCCUGUGCUACGUUCACGACGGGGACGGUGUGUGUGAGCCCUUCGAGAGGACCAGCAGCAUCCUGGACUGUGGCCCAUACACUCCUGAGGGAUACGUGGAUCUGUGGGCAGCGAAAGCCUACGCCUCCCAGCAGGAUGCAAAGUCCUGCCCUGCUUCCUUGGUCACUGGAGAGCCUGUUGUGAAGGUGUGUAAAUCCCGCCUCCAUGAGGUGCCAAAGGACCUUUUGCAGGCUGCUUGGUUUCCCUGUGCUCCCAGCCCAGAGAAUGCUCAGGACCCGAAUGAGAAGAUGCUCUUGGGUGAUGAGGGGGUUUGGCUCAAGGUUUGCUUUGAGAGACCUGCAGUGCCCACCUCUCUCCUGGUCUUCCUGGCCUCCUCUGGCACUGUCCCAAGCCAGCAGCACAAGCCGGUGGUUGCCGUCCAGCUGACUGACACCGAUGGGCGGAACCGCUCUUUAGGGAUGUAUGAGCUGUCGUGUCAGCACAACCCCCUCGUCAUCGAUGUGACCCACAGCCAGGAGGACCCAUCCCCACAGGUGGCUUCGGUGCUUCUCAACUUCUCCUCUCCGCUUGUGGGCAUCGCAGCCGUGGCCUUGCGGACCUUGGCUCAGCCUGGCUCCUCUCACCCCCUCACCACCUGCCUCCUGCAGCAUGAGGAGGGUUGUGGCCAUCGGUGCUACAGCUGUGCCCACGGUGCCUGCACAGGAUCGGGAAGCUGUACGCGGCCACCGCUGGCUCACGCUGCCACCCUCAACUGCAGCUCCGAUGGCCCGAGGCACAUGACGUGCACCAUUGCCUGCGAAAAGGGCUUCGUCCUCCACUCCAGUGGUGGGAAGAAGCUGGGCUCCACACAGCAGGAGGUGGUGCUGACAUGCAGUUCGGGACAGUGGGACAGAUCUGUGACUUGUGACCCCGUUGACUGCCGUGUCCCUGACCAGUCCCACGUGUACUAUGCCGAGUUCUCCUGCCCCACGGGGACCACCUACCUGCAGAGAUGCUCCUUCUCCUGCAUCCCCCCAGCCAAGCUUCAAGGAACAAACCAGUGGCUCACCUGCCUGGAGGAUGGUCUCUGGUCGCUGCCCGAAGCCUACUGCAAGCUGGAGUGUGACGCGCCUCCCGCCGUGGCCAACGCCAAGCUCCUGGUCCCUCGGUGCCUGCAGGGGAACCACGAUGUGGGCUCAGUCUGUCGCUAUAAGUGCAAGCCUGGCUACCACGUGGCCGAGAAUGCAGCGGACAAGCCUAAGAAGAAGUUCCUGAAGGUCCAAUGCCUGGAGAGCGGGCAGUGGGAAGAGGGACACUGUGUCCCCGUGGUGUGCAAGCCCCCGCCCCUGGUCUUCGAGGGCAUGUACAACUGCACCCAGGGCUUUGAGCUGGACAGCCAGUGUGUCCUCAACUGCGAGCAGCAGGAACAGCAGGUUCCCAUCGUCUGCACUAAGGAGGGCUUGUGGACACAGGAGUUCAAACUGUGUGAGAGCUUGCGGGGCACCUGCCCACCACCCCCGGAGCUGAAUCUCGUGGAGUACAAGUGCGAGCAGGGGCAUGGCAUAGGUGCUGUGUGCAUUCCUUCCUGUAUCAUUCCUCCCAGCGACCCUGUCAUAUUGCCCAAAAAUGUCACUGCUGAGACAAUGGACCACCGGCUGCAGCCCACCAGAGUCCAGAACAUUGUGUGCACGGGCAGGCUGCGGUGGUACCCGGACCCCUCCGCCAUCCACUGCAUCCAGUCGUGCGAGCCCUUCCAAGCAGACGGCUGGUGUGAUACCAUCAACAACCGGGCAUACUGCCAGUACGACGGCGGGGACUGCUGCUCCUCCACACUGUCCUCCAGGAAGGUGAUCCCGUUUGCUGCUGACUGCGACCAGGACGAGUGCACGUGCCGCGACCCGGCGGCCGAGGAGAACCAGUAGCGGCAGCUGAGGGGCCUCUCUCGGUCAGGCAGCGCCGCAGGAGCCAAGGGGCAGCGGCGGGGC